UGGUCAAUUAAGCUCUUCAUAAAUUGUUGUUGGUUGACUGAAAGUUUCUAUGCUACUCUUGUUUUAUUUGUUCAAAUUAUAUUUCUUUUACUUUGUAAUUACAAAAAGUUUGGAGAUAUUUUUCUUGAAUUUCGGCACCUGCCUCUGAGGUUGCGACUUGUGAACGCCGGAUUAAAAUGGAAUACCAACAGGUGUUCUUGAGCCACUGUGUGCGUUCGGCAGGCUCCGCCGCCAAGCAGCUGGACGAGAUGGUGCAAAAUGUGGGGCUGUCCACUUUUAUCUGUGUGGACAUGGAGGCUGGCGAUGGAUUUAGAGAGGCCAUAGUUGGCAAUGCGGCCAACUGUAAGGUCAUGAUCUUAUUCAUGGACGAACAAUGGGCUCAAAGCAUGGAAUGUAAGAGUGAAUUCAACUGUGCUUACUCGUGUUUCAACCGACAAGAAUGGCCGAAGUUUGUUCCCAUUGUGAUCGGAGGGUUCGGCUGGAUCAGACCGACCACACAUCCUGUAGCACAUUGCAUCACAUCCAACUUCCAGUGUCUGGUAUUAGAAGAAGAUCCUUCAACAUGGACCACGACCUUCGAGAAAAUAAUAGCUAAAUGUGGAGCUAUUGUUAAAGAAGCAAACCCAUCGGCAAAUGAAAGCGACCGCGACUUGACCGACAAGAAUCCGAGUUCUCAGCUGGUGGAGUCGAUAGCCUCAUUUCUAACAUGUGAGUUCUGUCAGAAUAUCUACGACGAUCCGAGAGUUUUACCCUGCAACCACACAUUUUGCCAGAAAGAUCUGCUCUCCUGGGCUCAGACUAACGAUCCGGAACCGUUCUCUUGUCCCAAGUGUAGAAUUGAAUCCUUGGUUGAAAUCGAAGAGUUGCCUGUUGAUAUGAAGGCAGUUCAGAUGGUGAAAGCGCAUAAAAUAAUGCAGGAAAAAAUGAGUUCACAUCCAGCUAAAGAGGUAAGUGUUACGCCUGUUCGUCAAACAACAACUUUUACUCCUAGACCAGCUCAAAUUCAGACCCAGGUCAAGUUUCCCGAGGACUUGCAACAGUGGUUCGAAUCCUACAAGAUUCCUAAAGAAUGCCAAGAGAUUCUCUACGACGAUGGAUUUGACGCCAUCAAUUUGGUUUUGGAAUUGACAAUUGAAGACGUGGACAAUUUGCCACUAGCAACAGGCCACAAAAGAAGACUUUUCAAAUCUUUAAAGAGUUCACGCGGCGAAGGUGCUGAGGAACCGCAACAAUCGCCAUUCCGAGUUCGUAGCACAAUUGUUCCGAGGUCAUCACAGGUCGUCCAAGUACAAUCAGCACACGCGGAGUACUCGAUCGGGGAGUUCGAACUUUGCUCUGCGCAACUUGUUGAAGUUCUAGAACCCGAAUUGGACCUCGGUGACCCGGAAUGGUUAUUGCUGGAUAAUAUUUAUGACGAGCGGGCUCUAAGCAGCGGCACUCAUCCAGCCGAUUCUCUUAAGUUUUGGGCUAGUUUUGCGCCAAACGAUCGCGAAGAAUUCGUAACCAGAAUAAAGUCUAUGGGGGAUAGUGUUGUGCGGCAAAGUGCUAAUCUAGAACCAGCAGUGAAAAGUGAGAAAUUAAGGAAAAUCGCGAUGGUCUUGUGCGAUGCGGGCGAAUAUGAAGACUCUAUUUUAUUUUCGACCCAUGCUGUUGAAAGUUUGACGAAACAUUCCGAAGGCUAUUUUGUAACGAGUGCUCUGCUAUGUCUCGCGACGAUGUUCAAGUUAAAGAUGCCUCUUUAUAUCAAACAAGGCGAUGAACUUAAUGAUGAGCUAAGCGAUUGGAAGAAUCUCGUUGAAAAAGUGGACAAAAUCAUCAAAGAUAUGAAUGAGUGGGCAAUCAGUCAAGCCAUGUUGAUGAAGCUGUAUAUUAUGAAAGUCUUUUCGAUUGACGCUGUGAAAGCGCGAGACAGUGAAAGCCAGCUGGAUGCAAAUGCAUCAAUCGAGGCUGCCCGCGCUCUUUCCGAGAAACUUCCCGACAAGGGUCUCUUGGCCGAACUGGAGAUGACACAUGGGAACAUUCUAGAUGGCAAAGAGGGCAUUGAGAAGCUUCGGCUAGCCAGGAAACUCUGCCAAGAGUCUUACGGCGAGUUCAGUGCACUCAUGGCGCGUAUAUACUACAACACUGGCGUAAUUCUGGAAGAAAUGCGAUUGAAAAAAUUAGCCUACCAGUGUUUUAGACGAAACUGGCUCGUUCUCCGGCAAAUAUAUGGCAUUAAUCACUGCGAAACGAAAAAAGCUGCUGAAGUUUUGACAGACGAAGAUGACGUUUAUUGUGGCAUUGCGAGGGAUUUGGGCGACUUCCUCCCCAAUGAUGACCAUCUAGGUAGUGUAGAUAUGGAUUAUGUAGAAAGACUGAGGCCCUUAGACGACCUUGAUUUGAGCCAAACUGACAACCAGGACACAGAAGACGAAGGCCACGAAGAACAAGAAGAAGACGAGGAAGGCGAAGAAGAAGAAGAAGACGACGACGAAUAAGGCGAAGAAGAAGACAAAAAAGAAGGUGACGAAGAAAAAGAAAAAGCACAAGAAGAAUCAUCAAGUUGAAUAUGUGUAUCGUUAGCUCAAAACUAUUGCAUGGCUAUUAUCAAACAUAAAAGGGGAUGAAAGCCGGUCUUUUCUAUUAUACGACUCAAAUUUUGUGACCUGUCACGGAGCCGAAUACCCGGAUGGCCGAAAAAUAAAUUCGUUCCCGGAUAGCCGAAUUUUUCAUUCCCCGGAUAGUCACUGGACAUUACAAAAGCCAUAUUAUUACAUAUCAAAAACAUACUAAAAACAGACAAGU